AUGUGUAAUGACUUAGGGAGGUUCAUUGCAUUCACUGAAAUAGAUAGAUUUGAUAAAGAUCAAAUACUAAAAAGCAGAUUAUAUCCAAAUCCUAAGGAAGAAUUUUCCUUCCUUGAAUUAUGUUGUUAUCAUGGUGCAGUUGAUUGUUUCAAGUUAUUGAGAACUAAAUUUAACUUAGAAAUAACUCAAAAAUGCCUAGAAUUAUCAUUUUUGAGAGGUAAUUCAGAGAUCAUGAGUGAAUGCUUGAAACAUAAAUAA